AUGGAAAUGGAGAGCGCGAUCACUGCGAAGCGAUCUGUGAUCAACAUAAAAUCAUCGGGCACCCUGUCUGCCUCAAAGUUCGACGAUAUUCGCAUCCAACAGGCCGGUUGGCCCCAGGCAGCAGAUACAUACAUUCAUUUGCUGGCUGAGCAACAGAAUCGAGAUCUCAUGGCUCCACCAGAAACAGACGAGAGACACGCCCUUCGCUAA